CAAUUACAAAUCAGCUCAAAUAUUUGAUUGAUUGGUUUUUGCUUUUAUGUGUCGAGUUUAUCUUAAAGCUCACGAGACUCAUUUGAGUUUAAAGCGUCACUGUGGAGACCAAAACAUUAAGACUUUAGAGACUUCAUUAAGACAAUUCUUCAUAAACACACAAACAAAAGUCAAAUCCCACACCUGACAACAUUCAGCCUUCAUCUCAUUCAGAUCUCCGUGCUUUUCCCACAUCUUGAAUUGCUUUUAGUGAAUCAUGGCAAUGGAUUUCAAUGGAGAUUGGAAAGUUUAUGAACAGGAGAAUGCAGAAGAGUUUCUCAAAGCCAUCUCUGCUCCAGUUAUGUACCUUAAAAUGAUGAAUGAAGUGAAACCUGUAACGACGAUACAUCAGCAUGGAGAUGAGUUCACGAUCUGUGUGAAAUCGCCGAUCAGAAAGCACACAAACUCCUUCACCAUCGGCACUGAAACUCAAUUCAACACCAUAGACGGAAAACAAAUCAAGGGAAUCGCACGACUGAUCGAUGGCAAGAUUGUGAUUGAAACGGAGAAGUUUACACACGUGAGAGAGAUUCAGGGGGAGGAGAUGAUAGAGACAAUCGCUUGUGGAAACGCACAACUCAUCCGGAGAAGCAGACGUAUUUAAUUUGCGAUUGUUAAGAGCAUGCAAAUAUUUGUACACUUUGAUUCAAAUGAUCCGAAUGUGUGUGCGUAUCUAACACACUGUUAUUCCUCAUAGCGCCUGUAGAUGGCACUGCUGACACUAAUUGUGUUCUUAUAAAGAAAUAAAGAACCUA